CUGGCAGUUUUUUGAUAAUAUACGCGUCCUGUCAGGUGACCACGAGUCAUGUGACAUUUUGUGAAUCCCUCCACCAUUUUUCGCAAUUUAUGUGUGGGGGGAUAACAAUUUCAACUUAUCUCAUAUGAUAACCACCACCAGCAACCACCAAUGCAUUCAAGAAAACAUAGCACAACGUCAAUCAGUUCCAUUGAAACUCCAUCAGAGUCGGAAUUCGCAUCAUCUCCUUUGUUACCUCCACCAGCUCCGCCAGCGCCCCAUGACCGGUAUCAAGACUACUAUGAUGCUUACGCCAGCCACUUUAUGGAAUUCUUGAACGAAAGCCCAACCACUUAUCAUGUGAUUACUCACUUUAAGUCCCUUCUUGAGAACAAUGGAUUCACAUUCAUUCCUCAAACCGAAACUGUCGAUGACCUCCCUCCUGGCUACUACUUCACUUCUCGUGAUGAUCAAUGCUUGGUGGCAUUCAUAGUUGGAGGUAAGUGGAAACCAGAAAACGGUAGUUGUUUUGUUGGAUGCCAUGUUGAUGCCCUAACUGUCAAGCUCAACCCACGAGGAUCAUUAUCUGGUACUACAGAAGGAUAUGAAACUCUCGGCGUUGCACCUUAUUCCGGAAGCUUGAACAAGCUUUGGCUUAAUCGGGACUUGGGUCUUGCUGGGUCGAUACUUGUUAGGCAAUCCGAUGGAAAGAUUGUUCGGAAAUUGAUCAGUUCUUUCCCGCAUCCAAUUGGAACCAUCCCUUCGCUAGCUCCUCAUUUUGGUGAAGUUGAUCAGUACAAUAAACAAACAAAAAUGGUUCCUGUGAUGGGAUACCUCUCCGAAGAAGAAGAAAAAGAACCUGCUAGCGAAGAAGAGAAAAAUAGUAAAUUUUAUGGACGUCAUUCAUUAAGUUUGCUUCGAUACAUUUGCAAAUUGGCAGAUGUUCCAAUAUCAUCAGUUGUAGAUAUUGACUUGCAAUUAGAUGACGUCCAACCAGCACAACGGGGUGGUUUAUCCAACGAGUUCAUAUUUCUGCCGAGUCUCGACGAUAGACUCUGUUCAUACAGUGCCAUCUACGGUCUUAUUGAAUUCAGUCAGAAAUUCUAUCAAAAACUCGAUAUAUCGACAUACGAAGGACUCGCUGGAGUAUACCUCGCCAACAAUGAAGAAAUAGGUAGUGCCACGCGUACUGGUGCAGGUGGUGGAUUACUCAUUGAUACUUUCAAAUCGAUAGUAUCGAGCCGAAGCCAUACCGUCACCGAAUCAUUGGCACAACUUACCACGAAUACGGUUAUAAUCUCAAGUGAUGUAACACAUGCGCUCAAUCCUAACUUCCAGUCAGUCUACCUUAAAAACCACGCACCAUUUCCCAAUACCGGGCCAUGCAUAAAGUUAGAUUCCAACUUUCACGUACUUAGUGAUUCACCAUCUUAUGUUUUUCUUCAGCAAAUAAUGACCCAUUUACCGGGAAUAAAGCUUCAGCAAUUUCAUAUAAGAAACGAUUCGCGAUCAGGAGGAACAAUCGGGCCAAUCAUGAGCAAUGGGUGUCGUGGAAUCAAUGGUGCUAGGAUUAUUGUUGAUGUAGGAUUACCUAUUUUAAGUAUGCAUAGCAUUAGAGGAAUGUGUGGGUAUAAAGAUGUGGGGAUGGGUUGCAGAUUCUUCAAAGCUGUGUUUGAGUUUUGGCAAGAUUAUUAAAGUGUGUGUUAAUCGAGAUUAAUAAGACAUGUACAAUUGAUUAUUGGGACCACUAGCGUAAACUUAUCUCUGUUUAUACAUACAUACGACGCUCCUACUUUACGAACGAACCUUAUGUUGUUAGAGACCAUUGAGAUAAACUGAAUAUCCAGUGGGAAAUUAAACACCACGGCGCAAAGCUGAACACUCUGCGCC